CUUUAUCCCCAGCGACAACAAGAAUCUCCUAGAGAUAGAAGAAGAAGGAUGUCGAUAUCACAAGAACAAGAAUUCCCACAGAAGGCAUUUGGAUGGGCAGCUACAGAUACUUCUGGUCAUCUCGCUCCUUUCAAAUUCUCUAGAAGGGCAACUGGAGAAAAGGAUGUGACCUUUAAGGUGAUGUACUGCGGGAUUUGUCAUACUCAAUGUAGUCAAAUUAAAAAAGAAUGGGGCAAUGCAAUCUACCCUAUGGUCCCAGGACACGAGAUUGUGGGUAUAGUGACAGAGGUGGGUCACAAGGUAGAAAAAUUCAAGGUUGGUGACAAAGUUGGUGUUGGGCCAAUGGUUUGGGCAUGCCAUUCUUGUGAUAACUGCAAAAGUGACCUUGAGAAUUACUGCCCUAAAAUGAUUAUGACAUACAAUUCUAUUUACGUUGAUGGAUCUGUAACUAAAGGAGGUUAUUCCGAUGUUAUGGUUGCCAAAGAGCGAUAUGUGGUUCGGAUCCCUGAAAACCUUUCACUUGAUGCGGCUGCACCACUACUUUGUGCUGGUAUUACUGUAUAUAGCCCAAUGAAAUACUUUAGACUUAGUGAACCUGGUAUGCACAUUGGUGUUGUGGGCCUUGGUGGUCUAGGUCAUGUAGCUGUGAUGUUCGGAAAGGCCUGGGGAAUGAAAGUUACUGUCAUCAGCACCUCACCCGCCAAGGAAAAGGAAGCAAUCGAGCAUCUUGGUGCAGACUCAUUUCUUGUUAGUCGUAACCAGGACCAGAUUCAGGCGGCCAUGGGAACAAUGGAUGGUGUUAUCGACACUGUCUCUGCAAAUCAUCCAAUCCUACCAUUGCUUAAUUUGCUAAAAGCUCAUGGGAAAUUAGUUAUGGUGGGUUUACCAGAAAAGCCACUGGAGCUGCCAGUUUUCCCGUUGGUUGCAGGGAGGAAAUUGGUAGCAGGGAGUUUCUUCGGAGGAAUGAAAGUGACCCAAGAAAUGGUUGAUUUUGCUGGGAAACACAAUAUCACAGCAGAUAUCGAGGUUAUUCCGAUGGACUAUGUCAAUACCGCGAUGGAACGUCUUGUUAAGGCUGAUGUUAGGUACCGUUUCGUCAUCGACGUUGCCAACACCUUACCUAAAACUGCCUAGUGCACUCAGCUGUCUCCCUGAAUCGCCAAGUAUAACAUCUACUUUAGUCUCCUUUCAUCGAGCCGAAUAGUUGGGACUUGAUUGUUUGUUUUCUGUCUGUUCUAUGUCAAAUUUAAAUGUAUUUCUUUAUGUUUUCCUUCGCAUUGUCACAAAUAAAACUAUAAGAGUACUUCCUGAGACUUCCAAGUCUCAGGAUUGAUUGCUCUCUUAUUCAACACCUAAUGUUCAUUGGAACUUUCCAGUUUAA